AGGUCCUCCCUAUUGCAUCUGUUCAUUCCAGGUUGCAGCCGCAGGGCAGCAGCCAUGAGCCUGGUGGCCUACGAGUGCCCAUCCGGCCCUGGCCUGGAUCCUGAGCCCUGCUCGCAUGCACGGUCCCAGGCCCGUGUGUAUCUGGAGCAGAUUCGCAGCCAGGUGGCUCCAGGGGCACCUGAGAUGACGAAACGUGACUACCUGGUGGAUGCAGCCACGCAGAUCCGACUGGCCCUGGAGCGCGACGUCAGUGAGGACUACGAGGCGGCCUUCAACCACUACCAGAACGGCGUAGAUGUCCUGCUGCGCGGCGUGCACGUUGACCCCAACAAGGAGCGACGUGAGGCUGUAAAGCUGAAAAUUACCAAGUACCUGCGGCGGGCAGAGGAGAUCUUCAACUGUCACCUGCAGAGGACACUGGGCAGUGGAAGCAGCCCUGGCACGGGUUUCAGCAGCCUGAGGCUCCGGCCCAUCCGCACGCUGAGCUCUGCCCUGGAGCAGCUGAGGGGCUGCAGGGUGGUCGGGGUCAUCGAGAAGGUGCAGCUGGUCCAGGACCCAGCAACUGGAGGGACCUUCGUGGUGAAGAGCCUGUCCAGGUGCCAUGUGGCGAGCCGGGAGCGGCUGACCAUCAUCCCGCAUGGUGUCCCCUACAUGACCAAGCUGCUGCGGUACUUCGUGAGUGAGGACUCCAUCUUCCUGCACCUGGAGCAUGUGCAAGGAGGCACUCUCUGGUCCCACCUGCUCUCCCAGGCGUGCCCCCAACAGUCUGGGCUCAGGUCUGGUUCCAGCCUGGAAAGGAUGAAGGCUCAGCUCAACUCCCCCGUCAGCCUCGGAACGCCAGCGCUGCACCCCCUGGGCCACACGCACCUGCAGGACAGAAUCCCCCUGGAGCCUCCAUGGACUUCUCGGAGCCUCCCCCCAGCCAGGGAGGCCCCAUCCAUCAGACCCCAGAGAGAGGCUGAAGGCAAACCCUCAGCCAGGACUAGUACUAAUUGCUCCUCGGACCUUCCGAAGGCUCCAAGUGGCCGCCUGCACUUCCAAGCCAGGCGGGGACCUGCCAAGAGCCUUGACAUGGGGUCCUCUUGGGGGCUCCCUUGGGUUCGCGAGGGGGCCGGCCGGGUGCUGGAGAGCUGUGGCAGAGGCAGAGGUCAGAGCCGCCCCUCAGCGGAUGGGGCCAGCCUGGGGUGUGGCGGGGGCUCCUGGAGUGUGAGGGAAGAGCAGGUGAAGCAGUGGGCGGCUGAGACGCUGGUGGCCCUGGAGGCACUGCACGAGCAGGGGGUGCUGUGCCGGGACCUCAAUCCCCGGAACCUGCUCCUGGACCAGGCAGGUCACAUCCGGCUCACGUAUUUUGGCCAGUGGUCAGAGGUGGAGCCCCAAUGCUGCAGGGAGGCUCUGGACAACCUCUACAGCGCCCCAGAGGUGGGAGGGAUUUCUGAGCUGACAGAAGCCUGUGACUGGUGGAGCUUUGGGUCUCUACUUUAUGAAUUGCUGACUGGAAUGACACUGUCCCAGAGCCACCCCUCAGGAAUCCAGCCGCACACCCAGCUCCAGCUGCCCGAGUGGCUCAGUCACCCAGCGGCCUCCCUGCUGAGAGAGCUGCUGCAGUUUGAUCCCACUCGGCGCCUGGGCGCUGGAGGAGGCGGCGUCAACAAACUCAAGUCCCACCCAUUUUUCAGUACCAUCCAGUGGAGCAAACUAGUGGGGUAAGAGGGGGUGGAGUGGGCAAUGGAAGCAUCUGGACUGGUCUGGAUCACCUCUCUUCUCUUUGCCUUCACCCAGAGCUGGCCCCUCUAAUCAGUGGCCCUCAGGCAAAGAAUGCAGGCCAGUUGCUUUUCCUGCUCAGCCCCCUCCCAUGGGCCUCAGAAGUAAUCAUCACCACUGCCCAGGAAGGACCUAGGGAGUCUCCCAGCCAGCUCUUGGAGAAAUCCUUUCUAGUCACUCCUGAGGCGGAGGGACAGGGAGAUCUCAUCUUGCUAGGCAGCUUGGAUCCCUCCACCCA